AUGUAUCAUCUCGUCAAGUCACUCUACCUCCACGCGACCAGCAAGGAAGAAUAUUCGAUUCUCCUGCUCGGACUCGACAAUGCCGGCAAAACGACCCUGCUCGAACAGAUCAAGGCAUUGUACAACCCAGCACAUGAAGCGAAGCUGAAGACUGUACCGACAGUGGGCCAAAAUGUCAGCUUGAUCGAUAUGCCAGAGCUCUACCUGCGCAUCUGGGACGUCGGUGGGCAACAUUCAUUGCGAAAUCUAUGGCACAGCUACUACAGCAGCUGUCACGCGAUUGUCUUCGUGAUUGAUAGCACGGACAUUGGCGACGCCGACAUUGCGCGUCUUUCGGAGAAAGGUGCUUCAGACGACGAAGGGAGACUGGGAGAAUGCAAGUUGGUGUUGGAAGACGUGCUGCAAAACGAAUCGACCGAAGGAGUACCCGUGCUGGUACUCGCAAACAAGCAAGAUCGAGAAGACUGCGUAGAGGUUGUGAGGAUCAAAGAAGGCUUAGUCAGAAAGGUAUUCGAAGGCGAGAAGGGGCAGAACGUGCGAGACAGCAGAGUCCUGCCGUUGAGUGCCUUGACCGGUACCGGAGUCAAAGAGGCUGUCGAGUGGUUGUGCUCAAGAGUCAAAUGGAAUAAGGAAGCCAGGCCACCAGUCAUGCGCUGAGCGGUAUAUUAUCAUGACUGCCUGCCAAAGUCUUACAUGUUUCUGGGGUGAAGGCGCAUCAGGUGUCUUCUGCCCGUGAAGGAUCAUUGCUUGGGCGCAUCAUGGCAUUGCCAUCUCCGAGACUCUGACUGCUUCGAGGUCGCAUCGCAAUGCAACUGGUCCAACGCAACGCAACGUCCUUACGGAGAGUCCAGUAUCAGCUUGACUCUACUGGAAAUGCAAUAACGAAACCGCACCAGGCACGACCUCCGCCAAGACAACAGCGCGCCGGUGAAAAUUGCCAUCUGCAGCAGGCUACCGAGUGACUCUCACAACGCUCAGCACCAUGGAGAUAUCGUUGACGACGCAGAGUGUUAUGCCGCAGCGUACAGGAAUGUAUAGAUGGGAAGUCUUGCAGCGUGAUACCAGCGCGUAAUGCGUGGAUGCCGAACAGGCCACCACAGACCAUGACAUCGAUCGCAUUCGGCAUGCAGCAUUAUCACACGCGGAAGGCAUUGAUGCUUGAUCAUGUCCAGUGCGCUGGAAACAGCAGCUCCUUCAUGUUUGAUUGGAGCUGGCAUGCGUCACGCUAAGCGAUGUUCGAAUUUCUGGCGGUGCCGAUGUCCUCCACCUUAGCAUGGGCGAGCACCGCAUGGAUUUGCGAAUGCCCAUUCAACCUGGCAGCUCGCAGGUCAUGGAUCGUGGCAUGGAGUCAUCAUGGAGAAUCGGAACGCAAUGUUAUGUCUGCCAUAGAUUUUCCAUGUGGCUGCUGGAGAGUCGGUGCUCUCCUCGAACUGGUCACGUCACUGAUUCCUGGCGAUCGUUAUGAACUGUGAGGACGCAGCCACAGGUCGUUCUCCUCGCGUGUAAGCAGCGCUUAUAGACAAAGAGCAGAGAAGCAAAGCCCUGUUUCCUG